AUGAAACUCGAAUAUAUGAAUGCGCUGAAAGAAGAAAGUGGAGGAUUUAAUUUUGAAAAUGUCAAGAGAAAUGAAAUUCUAAAAGAAAAAGGAUUAACCUUUCCCAAUUUUAGAAAAACGGGAACAACCAUAUGUGGCUUGGUAUGCCAAAAUGCGGUUAUUUUGGGAGCUGAUACCAGAGCUACCGAAGGUCCAAUAGUAGCAGAUAAAAAUUGUAGCAAAUUACACUAUAUAAGUAAAAAUAUAUACUGUGCAGGUGCAGGGGUAGCUGGAGACUUGGAGCAUACUACCUUAUGGUUGCAACACAAUGUCGAAUUGCAUCGUUUAAAUACGAACACACAGCCCCGAGUAGCCAUGUGUGUUUCAAGAUUGACACAAGAGCUGUUUAAGUACCAAGGAUAUAAAGUGUGCGCAAUUGUGUUAGGAGGGGUAGAUGUUACUGGCCCCCAGCUGUAUGGUAUUCACCCACAUGGCUCUUCCUGUUUGUUACCCUUCACGGCUUUGGGGUCUGGAUCCCUUAGUGCUAUGGCUGUAUUGGAGGCUAAAUACAGGGAUAAUAUGACGAUAGAAGAAGGAAAAGAACUCGUGUGCGAAGCUAUAUGUGCAGGUAUUUUUAACGAUUUGGGUUCAGGUGGAAAUGUGGAUAUUUGCGUUAUAACGAAGGAUGGUUCUCAACACAUAAGACCAUAUAAGCAGCCGAACGUUCGACUAUAUCACAUGGCGCAACCGACUGUUUUUCCAAAGGGAACCACCCCUGUGUUGUGCCAAAAAAUUGAAAAUAUAAAAAAAUACAUCACUGUGGAGGAUGCAUGA